UUGUUCUUGUUGUAAUAAUUAUUUCUCGUUGUUCUAUUCUAAUUUGUGUGGUGCAAAAAUUUAAAAAAUAAAAUUUUAUACAAAUUUACAUAAAAAAUCGAAUUGUAAUUUUAAUUGUUUUAAUUUAAUAAGAAAAUACUCUAGUCUAGUUAGAUUUUCCUUCGGAUUCUGUUUAAGAAUUCUAAGUGUUUAAAUUCAUUUUUUUGCCUUGUGACAGCGUCUACGUUGACGUUGGUAAUACGGUUAUAGCGGCUGUGAAGGAGCCGCAGACAUUGCAAAACUGGAGGUGGAUCAGCAACAUCAUCCGUCUUUUCGAAAAUUAACAAAUAUCACAAAUCUGUCUAUUGCUGAUGAGGAAUUUAUUAACAAUGUUAACUGUGAUAUUGAACAUUUCCUAAAGCAGCGCCACAAUAACGGUGUUUUACUUUUCCCUCCUGUUAAUAAUUUUCGACGAUUUCUAAUUCAUCAAACAUGUGAGAAUUUUCGAAAUAAAUACGAUCUCUUUACGUUCUCAGUUGGACAGGGACCAUUUAGACGUACAGUAAUUUGUUUUAAAAAUCAACUUUUAGAUCCACACAAAUACAGCGAAACUGCAGCGGCCGCCAAUUUUGAAACACGUCAUAAACAUACAAACCCAACACCGGUGAAAAGUUGGCGCAGCGACAAUAGACGAGUAGAACCAUCACAUUUUUUGAACAACAAUAUUGGAACAACGAUAAAUAAACGAGAUAAAAAGAUGGGCGUUGAAAGGAAUAUCAUUGAUACUAAUAAAUUUAAUAAAACGAAUCCAGGAGAUUUAUAUCGACCACCAGCUCUUCGAAGUCAUGGUAAUGAAACGAUAAGAAGAAAUGUUGCAGAGUCAUGUGAAUUACCUACAAAAGAUACUUCUAACAUUGCAACAAAAGAAAUAACUUCUUCGACUGCAGCUACAACAAUAACAACAACGGCGACUACCUCAAUAUCUUGUAACAAUUCUCCAAUACAUAGAAAUGAAAAUGUUAGCAUAAAUAAUAUAACGACCUCGACACAACAAACUUCAAUACAUAAAAUUCAACAGCAGCAGCAUGUAGAGGAACAGCAAAAACAACCACAAAGGCAACAACUACAGCAACAAACGAGACGUGAACGACGUCCAGAUAGAGCUGUUUAUAUUCCAAGGGCACGACGCAGUCAAACAACUCCACCAAAUACAGCAACAACGCAAAUACAACAACCACCACCAUCACCACAGCAACAACAACAAACACAGCUAGCAUUAUCAACACAACUACCAGUACUAGCACCAAUAACAACAAGCGAUACGAGCAAAAGUCUAAGCCAACAAUUGGCAAUUACUUUGGACGACACAACAACUGCUUCAGUUAACCAGAAACCAUCGUCUAAAGCAGACGAAGUUGGCAAAAUAAAUAUUAGUGGCGGUGUCGUUAGUACUUGUAGUAAUAACAAUAUUUCUACAACAAUAACAAAGAAAAAAGAAAAAUUAAACAAAGAGAAUAAAGAGUCGAAAGAACAACGACGAGAACAGCGUCUAUUAAAAAAAUUAUUAUCAACAUCGACGACGAAUCAAAACACACAAAAUCAUAUUUCUAAAAAUAAUGAAAAAUUCAACGUAGAUUCUAUAAAUACAAUUUCAAACAACGACACUGGCGACGAAUUAACAAAUCAAGCGGUUACAGUCAAUGCUCAGCAAAUAUUAUACUCGUCGUCAGAAAUAAAUGAUGUAAACAAUUUUAGUGAAUUUAAUGAUAAAAAUAUUAUUAAUUUAUCCAAAGGUUUCAACUGUGAUAAAAGUGAAGAAUUACAAUUAAAUUAUCAAACCUUAAAUAAUUCACAAGUGCAACAAGAACAGCAACAUCAAAUACAAACGUCUGUAAAUUCUAUAACAAAUAAUGAAUUGGAAUCUUUCCAAGAACAUCAAAUAAAUAAUAUUGCAAUUGUUAAUAAUUCGAUUUUAAACGUGUCUGAAAGCGAGUUUCUAAAUAAAUCAGUUCUAAAUAAAAGUGUUGAUUUGAAUUGCGAAACUACGACAAAUAUCAAUUCUCCAGCAAACGAUAUUACAACUACAAAUAUUUUUAUAGAAAAUAGCAACAGCAACACAAUGCCCAAGCCAUCAAGUAAAACUAAAUCUAAUAAAUUAAACAGUGAAGUGUUUAAUAAUACCACCAAGUUGCCUAAUUUACGUAUUGAAGAUAUUGCAUCACAGCAGUCACCAGCAAAAAAAUGUGAUAUAGAAGAACAGGAAUUGCAGCGAGCCUCAAAGGAAAUUAAUCGCAGUAAUCGUCGUAUCAUUAAACAAACCUUUGUUUCUGAUGUCUUACAAAUUCCCGAUCAUAUUAAUGAAGAAGAAAACGAAGAUAAAUCAAAAAUAUCCAAAGUCAACAAUAAAAUAAACACCAAUGCACCACGCACAACAACACAAUCAAUUGAUAGUAAUACCGAAGAAGAGGAGGAAGAUGACUGGGAAAAUAUGUACAACGAUAGUGGAGAUUGUUUGGAUCCGAAAAUUAUGCAAGAAUUGACAGCAUCCGUUGGCAAGUGUAAAAUAGAAUUGCCCAAAAUGGAUUACAGCGCGUAUUUGACGAAACAAUCGAUUUUAAAUGAAGAGGAAUUCCCGCAUGUUUUGGAAGUUUCAAAUUUUCCAGUUGAGUUUAAAAAUCAAGAUUUGUUAAUGGUCUUUUCACAGUAUAAAGAAUCUGGCUUCGAUAUUAAAUGGGUGGAUGACACUCAUGCGUUGGCUGUGUUUAGUAGUUCUCGUAUAGCUGCUGAAGUGCUUACGAUGGGACAUCCAUUUGUUGUUUUAAAACCGUUGGCUGAGGCAACAGUUGAAUCUCGCUUAAAAGCCAAAAAAUGUGCCGCUUCUUUACAACCAUAUCGUCCCCGCCCAGAAACAUGUGCUGCGUUAGCGCGUCGUUUGGUGACCGGAGCACUGGGAGUGCGUCUGAAAACCGCAGCUGCCGAAAGAGAAAAUGAAAAGCGUGUUUUGCGCGAAGCCAAAGAACGAAAACUUUUAGCUGCCAAGCAACGUGAUGAAGUCUGGGAGAGUUAGGAAAGUUGGUGUACAAAAUUAUCAUAAAAUUAUUUACAUUUUUUGUAUUUAAAUAAAUCGUGACUUUUGUACAUUGUAUUAAACAAUUAUUCUGCCAUCCUCAAACAAAAUAUAUGUCUUCUGAAUGCAAAAGAUAAAUACCUAAUAUGAAUAAUUAUACUUAAGUGUCAUUUCUAUGUAAUUUAUCUAAACAAUUAUAUACAUUUAUUUUACUCUCAUUAGAAAUCAUGCAAUAAAACAAAAAAUUAAAUUCACCUUCAUCUCCAA